AUGUCGACAAGAAAUUUCAGUAGAGGUGGAACAUAGACAAAAACAUUUUAAGUACUACAGUGCUCUCCCUCUUUGAUGGGUGGGCUUCGAUCAGCAUCCUUCGCAGCCGUCCAUAUUUUCCUCUCCAUCACGGCAUUUCUGGGUAAUUCUCUUACCCUUGUUGCCCUUCACAAAAUAUCUUCCCUCCGCCCGCCGUCCAAACUCUUGUAUCGUUGUCUGGCGACAACUGAUCUGUUAGUUGGUCUUGUUGCUCAGCCUCUCUAUGUUACUUAUUUGAUGUCCGUGGUUCACGAACACUGUAGCCUUUGUCAUUACGCAAGAAAAGCAGCUUACAUCACAAGCGUAACAUUAUGUGGAGUUUCUUUGCUGACGAUGGCGGUAAUAAGCGUGGACAGACUUCUCGCCCUGUUGUUGGGGUUGAGAUAUAAAAAGAUUGUAACUUUGAAGCGCAUUUAUAUCACUAUAGCUAGCUUUUGGGUUUUAUGUCUUGUCGCCUCUUUAUGCACCAUUUUCGAUCAGCGUAUAACCGAUUUGAAUGUCUCGAUAGUUUUACCACUUUCGCUGCUUAUUUCACUCGCCUCGUACACAAAGAUAUUUCGCACUCUUAGACAUCAUCAGGCACAAGUACAACAACAGCCGAGCCAACCAAAUGCACUGAACAUGGCGCGAUACAGAAAAGCAGUGCACAGUGCACUGUGGGUACAGUCAGCUUUAGUUGUUUGUUAUACACCAUUCCUUAUUUUGUUUAUUGUGGUCUCUUAUAGUAAAACAUAUUCAUCACACUUAGGCGUCGCAUGGGAGAUGACAAGUGUUCUUGUUUACUUUAACUCGACCUUAAACCCGUUUCUUUAUUGCUGGAAGAUUAUUGAAGUGAGACGAGCAAUGAAGCAGACAAUCAGACAAGCACUUUGCUGUCCAUGGAGUUAG